CAGCUCCAGUCUGACAGGGGGGAGGGGCUUCAAGCAGGAGGUCACAACAAUCAUGGCGUGCAGAGGAUUUAUUAUAAAAUGGGGCAAAACAGAGUUCUAUAGAUCGCCAAAUACCUUUUCCAGAUGCUCAAGGCUCAACCCCUACCAGCAACAGAGGAGUGGGUUCCGCCGGGAAGCUAAAAGGACAGAUCCCAGAAAGGGAAAUGUCAACAAGCAACAAACCAAAACGUCACCCCCCGAGGCUGGCACACCGGGACCCCCGCCUCCUCCCAAAGUCCGACGGCCAAGGCUCUUUAGACCACUGAUGUUCACAGUAGGGUUUGCAGGUUGUUCCUUUGGUGGGGCGGCCAUUUUGCAGUACGAGACUCUGAAAGCAAGAGUUCAAACUGCAAAAGAUGGAGAAGAGCUGGAAAAACUCGUAAUGGGUUCCCAGGACAUGGCGUACUGGCACGACUGGUGGAACCAGCUGUCCAGCUUCCAGCGGCAGCUCCUCCUCCUGGUGUCCAUGGUGGAUGACUUCUGGAGAAGCCUUACAGAGGGACAGAGGACUGCUACUGGAAUUAUAGUUGUAAACGCUGCAGUCCUGUGUUGCUGGAGGAUCCCGGCGAUGCAAAGAACUAUGAUUAAGUACUUCACGUCCAACCCAGCCUCCAAAACACAGUGCCUUCCCAUGAUUCUGUCUUCCUUCAGCCACUACUCCAUUAUACACAUGGUGGCCAAUAUGUAUGUCCUAUGGACGUUUUCCUCUGGUAUCGUCUCUCUCCUAGGCAAAGAACAGUUUCUUGCAGUCUACCUCUCAGCUGGCGUGAUAUCCACUAUGGUCAGUUAUGUUUGUAAAACCGCCAGCGGGCGAUUCUACCCAUCGCUUGGGGCGUCAGGUGCUGUAAUGGCUGUACUCGCUGCUGUCUGUAUGAAAGUACCAGAGGCCAAGCUCGGGAUAAUCUUCCUUCCUAUGGUCACUUUCACUGCCGGAAAUGCUCUCAAAGCACUUGUGGCCAUAGAUUCAGCGGGGCUCAUCUUGGGAUGGCGGCUGUUUGAUCAUGCUGCUCACCUUGGCGGAGCUCUCUUUGGAGUCUGGUAUGUGGCGUACGGUCACAAACUAAUUUGGAGAAGGAGGGAGCCUCUCGUGAAGCUGUGGCAUGAGCUUCGCUCUAAGGGCGGCAAGGGAUCGAGACCCGGCGGUGGGCCCGAGGUCAGAGGUCGCGGUGGAGGACAGCAGUAAACCCUGGAGUUCUUUACAGACAGGAAUUUUCUGGUCAUGGAAAAGAUCUGGAUGUUUUCAACUUUGUUGAAGUGUGUCAUUAUUUUUCAUGAAUAAAUAUAAAAAUAUGCAAACAUCUGCUCUGUUCAGUUUCAACAGUGAGUUAAAGUUUGUUUUAGUGGGGCCAUAUUGGCAUUUUAGGGGCUUCCCUAAUAGAGCAUGGUGCCACUUGUUUGUUUCAUUCUAAAGCUCUGAUAUCAGUUUUAAAAAGGUCCUUGCUGAGUUAAAAAAAAAAAAUCAUAUAAAAGUAUUAUCUCUGAUGAAUAGGACUUUUUUUUUCUUGUUUUGGAUUUGUUUAUGAUCUACCAACCAUAGUCCUGCUCAGUCCUGUGAAAACAAAUGUGAUUUAUAUUUGUUAGCACAGAUGAGCGUUUUGGAUCUGUUCUGCCAUGUUUAUUAUUAGAGGCCAUAUUCGUUAUGUGUUCUAAUUAUGCUACCAACAACCAUCUUGUGGACAGAGAACAAAAAUAAUGUUUGAUUUUGGGUAAACUACCAUUGCACUGCAAGAUUUAACUUUACUUUUUGCUACAUUGUGCAUACCGUCUUUGUGUCAUUUGUCAGAGGCUUUAAGACCAAGUCAGAACAACAUAUAUGCUGCAACGUUUUGACAAGUGAAAUCUUAGAAUUUGAAAAAGGAUGGACUUUUUACCGUCACUGAAUGCAGACAUUUUCUUUGACAUAAAAUGACAUUCAAGUUAUAACAACCAACCAAAUUGUCCUCUUUUGUAAACCUGAUUUUAUUUAUUUUUUACAUUUUUCUAUCUCUAUUGCUACGACACAAUAUCUUCGUAAUGUUGUGUGUGACUUGCCCCAACUAAGGAUGAGCAGCAACUUCACACCUCUGGAGUAAUUAAGAUGACUAAUCAUUUUUAAUGCAACACUGCUAUUUGCUAUAUGCACAUAAAGCAAAUGGCUACAGCCUGAAAUUCUUCACA